CUGCGAACUCACGCCUCGCCUGGCCCCGCCCCCGCAGAGCAGCGGGAGGACACCCGGGUUAGACUCCGUGCGAACUUCCCGGCGGAGAGGGGCUCGGCUCGCGAGGGCGGGGUCCCGCGGUCCACGCGCUCCCACGUCGGCUGCCGGCUCGGCCCGGGGACCCCAAGCAUCUCCGCAGGACAGCCGCAUCGGGACGGCGCGCGACACGCGCGUCCGCGCCCCUCACUGGCGCGCAGGGCGGCCUGGCCCUUUAAGCGUCCAGACGGCGGCCCCAGCUGACGCGCGGGCUCCAAUCGGCGCCCCGCGCCCCCCGCCCGCCGCGCCCGAGGCUCCCGGGCCGCAGCUGCUCGGCCGGGACUCGCCGCGGCCCUGCGCCUCCGCCCGCCCGGCCGGCCGCGCCCCCGGGGCCAUGGUCGCGGGGCCCUGCGCCGGGGCGGCCCCCAGCGCAGCGCUUCAUGGAGCGGCCCGGGCCCGGCCGCCGGGGGCAGCGCGAUCCUGCGGGGCCCUGUGAGCUCCCAGCGCCGCGGCACCAUGUUGCUGGUUGAGAAGACCACAGACUCGCCGGCGGCCGAGUUCUCGCUGGUGGAGGACGUGGCCCUGCACUUCGCCUGCUUGAUGGGCCGCCUGAACGAGCAGCGCCUCUUCCAGCCGGACCUGUGCGACGUGGACCUGGUGCUCGUGCCGCAGCGGAGCGUGUUCCCCGCGCACAAGGGCGUGCUGGCCGCCUACAGCCAGUUCUUCCACUCGCUCUUCACGCAGAACAAGCAGCUGCAGCGGGUCGAGCUGUCCCUCGAGGCGCUGGCGCCCGGCGGCCUUCAGCAGAUCCUGAACUUCAUCUACACGUCCAAGCUGCUGGUGAACGCGGCCAACGUGCACGAGGUGCUGAGCGCGGCCUCGCUGCUGCAGAUGGCCGACAUCGCGGCCUCCUGCCAGGAGCUGCUGGACGCCCGCUCCCUGGCGCCCUCGGGCCCCGUGGCCCUGGCCCAGCCAGCCACCAGCUGCGCCCCGGUGCCCCCGCCGCCCUACUACUGCGACAUCAAGCAGGAGGCGGACACCCCGGGCCUGCCGAAGAUCUACGCCCGAGAGGGGCCCGACCCCUACUCUGUGCGUGUGGAGGAUGGGGCCGGGGCGGCCGAGGAUGCCGGUGCUGCCGCUCCAGGGCCCACACAGCCGCUCUUCAAGGAGGAGAAGGAAGGGGCACCCGAGGAGGCCGAGGCCCCUGGUAGCCUGUGCAAGCUGGAAAGUGCAGAGGGACUGGAGCCAGAGCUGGGUGCCACAGGCACCUACGGGCGCCAGGAGCAAUCACAAAUCAUUGUGGAGGUGAACCUCAAUAACCAAACCCUGCAUGUGUCCACUGGGCCUGAGGGCAAGCCAGGCACUGGGGCCAAUCCUGCCACUGUGGUGCUGGGCCAGGAGGGUGGGAUGCAGGGACACUCAGAGGAGGAGGGUGCGGGACGUGGCGGGAGAGAGGAGGAGGAGGAGGAGGAGGAAGACGAAGAGGGAGGCAGCCAGGGAGAGGAGGAGGAGGAGGAGGAGGAGGAAGGGCCCAGUGAUCAGGAGGAAGAGGAGGAGGAGGAGGAAGGGCCCAGCGAGCAGGAGGAGGAGGAGGAGGAGGGCGAGGCUGAGGGCAGGCAGGACCCUGCGGGUCCCACCGGCUGUCAGGGCAGCCAGGCGGACCCUCCACUGCACAGCCGGAUGUCCACACGGUCCCGGGGACAGAGCACCCGGUGCCGAGCCACCCCUGAGCCGGAGGAGGUCGGGCGCAGAGGUGGGAAGAGGCCCAAGGCCUCCGGAGCUGUUCCGGCAACCCAGGCAGCUGAUGGGCUGGGGGCCAAGGUGAAGCUGGAGGAAAAGCAGCAGCAUCCGUGCCAGAAAUGCCCGAGGGUCUUCAACAACCGCUGGUACCUGGAGAAGCACAUGAACGUGACCCACAGCCGCAUGCAGAUCUGCGGCCAGUGUGGGAAGCGCUUCCUGCUGGAAAGCGAGCUGCAGCUGCACAGGCAGACAGACUGCGAGCGGAACAUCCAGUGUGUGACCUGCGGCAAAGCCUUCAAGAAGCUCUGGUCCUUGCACGAGCACAACAAGAUCGUGCAUGGCUACGCGGAGAAGAAGUUCUCCUGUGAGAUCUGUGAGAAGAAGUUCUAUACCAUGGCGCACGUGCGCAAGCACAUGGUUGCCCACACCAAGGACAUGCCCUUCACCUGCGAGACGUGUGGGAAGUCCUUCAAGCGCAGCAUGUCUCUCAAGGUGCACUCGCUGCAGCACUCGGGCGAGAAGCCGUUCCGCUGCGAGAACUGCAACGAGCGCUUCCAGUACAAGUACCAGCUGCGGUCCCACAUGAGCAUCCACAUCGGCCACAAGCAGUUCAUGUGCCAGUGGUGCGGCAAGGACUUCAACAUGAAGCAGUACUUCGACGAGCACAUGAAGACCCACACAGGGGAGAAGCCGUAUAUCUGCGAGAUCUGUGGCAAGAGCUUCACCAGCCGCCCCAACAUGAAGCGGCACCGGCGCACGCACACGGGGGAGAAGCCCUACCCCUGCGACGUGUGUGGCCAGCGCUUCCGGUUCUCCAACAUGCUGAAGGCGCACAAAGAAAAGUGCUUCCGCGUCAGCCACCCGCUGCCCAGCGACCCUGCCCUGCCCGCCACGACCCUGCAGCCCGCGGCCCCGCUCUUCCCCACGGCGGCGCCCAGGCUGGACACUAACUGACCCCGCGCAGGCCUCCUGGCCAGGGACGGCAGAAACUGACGGGGGCCAGGCUGCGGCUGGCUGCCCCUGGCCCGGGGUCCUGGUGCAGCUCCUUGGAGAUUUCCCUCCCUUGGGAGCAAAGGAACAGACUGGCCGGUUGGCCACACCCCUCCAGGUGAGGGGUGCCAGAGGCAGCCAGCGCAGGGCAGGAAGGCUCUGGGCUGCAGGCAGGGCCAGGAGCCAGGCAGGGCCUGAGCCAGCUUCACCCACCCAGCUACCGCGUGCCCCGGACUACUCCCUAGGAUGGGAGGGUUUGGGGGGAGUUUAGGUGCACCCCUGUUGGAGCUGUAGCUCCCAGGAGGCCGGUGAGCCUGACAGGAUGCCGCAUAGGGCUGGGCCGAGGAGAGGCGGGAUGUCGAGGCUCCAGAACCCCUCUGCGUGGGACAGGUGGGGCUGGCCCCCAAGGGCGUCUCUUCCCGCUCACAUCCCUACCAGGCAGGCUCAGGACCUUUCAAGAACCCCAGAUCCUGGAGAGAACGUCUCCAGGUGGCGGAGCUCAGGCCUCCAGGGGCAGAGAAGCUGACUCCCCAGCUUCCAGGGGUCCUGCGGGAGAAUGAGAUUCCAGAGUGGGUCCCACAGGAGCCUCGGGCAAGCAGUUCAGGGUUCCACGGUGCUAUCUGUGGGGUGGGGGAGGGGCGGGAGCUGUCCACAGGGCACCCCUGUCCUUUACCAGCCUGCCUGGCUGGACCCUCUCCCCGGGAGACACACGCGUCUACAUCUGCUCCCCAGAGGCCCACACGCGACCUCAUCUCCUCCUGAGGCCGGGCCAAUGCCUGCCUCCUGCUGGUUCCUGUCCCUUGCACUUUGCACUGUCUGGGAUGGGAUGUCACACCACAGCCCUGGCAGGGAGGGGAGCCCCUGUGUGUAGGCCCCUGUGGGAGCAGGAAGCUCAUCCAGUGCCCUUGCUUGCCCUCGGGAGGAGGGCUUUCGUAGGUGACCCUUUCUGUUGUCAUUUAGCGUCUUUAUUCCUGCGUAAGCUGCGUUUCCUGGCUCCGAUCUCCGGUGUUUAUAAGCUUCUGUUUGUCACACUCUGCACCUUAUUCCCACCCCACCCCUUCCCAGCAUGGCCACACGGAAGAGGCCCGUGCCAGAGGGGACUGGCAGAGGGUACCGAGCCCCUCGACCCCUCAGAGGCCCACGCGCGCACUGGGACAGCGGGCUGGGGACGUUUCAUUCAUCAAUAAACGAAGCACUUUAUUCUGUA